AAUGUACUGGUCCAUGGUGAUGGCACUACGUGUAUUGCUGACUUCGGCCUUUCCUUGAUGUAUUCCGAAGUCAUAAGUGCCUCUCAAGCUUCCUGGACGUCCAUCCUCAAAGGAAACAUGCGAUGGAUGGCCCCUGAGCUACUUGUACCAGAGAAGGAGGAUGGAUCUCCUACUCGUCCGAGCGAGCAGAGCGACGCCUUUUCCUUCGGCGGUAUCAUGUUGCAGGCAUGUCUGGAGUAUUCUCGACUUGUCCUCACCAACAAAAUCCCUUAUCAUUACCUCCCAAAUGACGCCGCCAUUGUCCUAUGCAUAGCUAGGUCGGAAAUGCCCUCCCGGGCUCGUUAUCCUGAGCUCCUCGAAAAAUACUGGACAUUUAUGGAGCAAUGUUGGUCUACUGAUCCUCUAGACCGUCCAUCGACGGAAGGAGCUGAUGUGACGAUCAGGAAUGAAUAUUACUCGUUGUCCAGAGCUUACACUUGA